AUGGCUAGCAAUCACCAUCCUACCAUGUUCGUCGCUGGUGCUAGCGACCAGGGCGAAAAUCAUCAUCACAUCAACCAGGCCAACUUGGACCUCAGCGAUAACAACCACCUCAUCAACCAAGCCAACAUGGCCGUCAACGACAACGCAUCAUUUGACGACCCGGCCAACCUGGACGUCGGCGAUAACCAUCAUCACGUCAAUCACGCCCAGGACCACCCUAACAUCAACUUCAAUCAUGCCGACCCGCACCCUGAGCCUGCUAUGCAGCCUCUUGCUGCUCCGGCCAUCCAUGGCCCGGUUCCGGUUGCGAACAUCAACCCCAUCGCAACUGCCGUUGCCAACGCUGGAUUCAUCGACAUCUCGACAUGUAAGAAGAUGAUCCAUGGUGAACGCGCCUUGGUCCAGGAGCGCCUCAUGAGAGGCGAGUGGACCUGCUCCGGUCGCUUCUGCCGCAUAGUUGCAACUCCCAACACUGUUUGCGCCGAGUGCAGACAGCGGAGCCGUGAAUACCGCCAGGCGCAGAGGGAGGCCCUUCUGCAGGCCAGCGGCGCCCAGGGCGCCCUCCCUGCGGGCGGUGCGAUGUCUGGUGCAGUCUAG